AUGGUUUCGAAAUCUCAAAGUAAGGAGGCUCAAGCUGCAAAAGGUCAAGGCAAGGACAUUGCAGUUUCAAAGGCACAAACAACUGAAUCCAAAUCUGUUCCAAGCAAAACCGCAAAGAAGAUGAGAUUUACUUCAUCCUCCAAGAAAGACCCAAGCUCUGCGACAUUUGAUGAAGUGACGAAUUCUACUCGUGGUAUCAACACAAUGAGCCGUGUUGUGAAGAGGAAAAUCCAUAAGAUUAAGCCUGUGGUUGAGUACAAUAAAAGUGGCAGACCACAUGGCAAAGUUGCUAUUGAGAUGCAGAGUUACAUUGGUGUUUUGGCAUGCACCAGAGUCCCUCUUGUGGACAAGAAAUGGACUUAA